UAGUAGUAGUGCGGUUCGUCGUCGAUCACCCGAGAUCCCGACGCCGGUACCGUGCUACGGAGGUGUCAUGCCACAGCGAAAAUUGGCUUAGAUUUGUAUUACGAUCGGUAGACCGCUUUACAAAAGAGGAAUUUGUUUUCCUCGUUCAAUUAGAAGUCGAUUUUCCUUUUGCGAUUGCUUCUUCUAGCCCAGGUGUCCGACCUUGCACCCUGCGCUUUGCGAUUAGCGAUGCUCACGAAGCUGGUCGCUUGCCGCUUGUGUGUGUGUGUGCGCAUUUGCUGCACCCGCUGUUGUGCGUCCUGUGCUAUACGUAGCUGCCAGCCACAUCGAGUGCUGCUGCACUGACGUCGCACCAACGCCGGCCGUGUUGCGUGUUACGUAUACACGCUAUUGGCACGAGAGCUCUCGCAAGCGCGUUCGCGACUCAUCGGCAACAGUUUUUCCACGACUGCGAACUCGAACGGGUGUCGUUCGCCAGGUUCAUCACUCUAUGCCCGGUGCGGUAGAGCAGGCCGAUUCGAAACUAAUCUGCUCACGGUGACCGUACACGUCGGUACUCCGCGCGGUACCUGCCGUUUCCUUCGUGGGGACCCUUCACAAUUUUGUGCACAAUUUUUCACGUACAACUUAGUGGUGUUUUAAAGUGGUUCCGUUGUGUUACAAGAACGAGCUUGCAUUCCUGAGGCUUCUUUCUGAGGCGAUUCGCGGACCUGACAAUCCAACAGCAGCGUAACAAACAGUGAUUGCGUGGAAGUGCCACACACAAACUCUCCCUCCCUCGCUCGCUCUUUCCCGACACCUGUUUCCUGUUGGCGUAUUGCAAUGCAACGGCAGUAUUAUUACCAACAGCAUAACAUUUGUGGAUCGUAGUAAACGUGGAACUUCGUGUGGUAGUGUGUGGGGGUUGUGAGUUGCCUGCUGAACUGAUCAGCAGCAGAGUGUUUUAGAAGUGUGUGCAACAAGCAUUUGUUUUUGGUACAAAUUUAGUUAAAGUUUAACCGUUCGUGUGGUGUUCCUGAUUUUAACGAGCAAAUUAAGUCAGAAAUACGUUAAAAGAACCAUCCACAAAAAUCACAAUGGCACCGAACUAUUUGCCGACAGAAAACGAGGGGCCUGUGACGCUCCCAGUACAACGAUUGGACACUAUCUGCAAACAGGCACCAUAUUCCACAGAAUUGGACGCGAUCCGGGAGCGCGAACGAUGCGAUUACACACAGAAAAUAACCUACCAGAUGGCCCGUUCCGGAACGGCGCCGCGUAUGAUCCGUGUGUACGCGGACGGUAUCUACGACCUGUUCCAUCAGGGACACGCCAGACAGCUGAUGCAGGCCAAAAACGUCUUUCCCAACGUGUACCUGAUCGUUGGAGUUUGCAACGACAAACUGACCCACAGCCGGAAGGGUCGAACGGUGAUGAACGAUGAGGAGCGUUACGAAGCAGUACGACACUGUCGCUACGUUGAUGAGAUUGUGCGAGACGCACCCUGGGAGCUGGACGAUGAGUUUAUCGAGAAGCAUAAGAUCGAUUUCGUGGCCCACGAUGAAAUACCGUACAGCACCGAUGACUGCAACGACGUGUACGCAAAGAUCAAGGCCAAGGGUAUGUUUGUGGCGACGGAGCGUACGGAGGGUGUGUCCACGUCCGAUAUAGUGGCACGCAUCGUGAAGGAUUACGAUAUCUACGUGCGCCGGAAUCUGGCCCGCGGCUACACGGCCAAGGAGCUGAACGUGUCGUUCCUGUCGGAGAAGAAGUUCCGCUUCCAGAACAAAAUGGUCGAGCUGAAGGAUAAGGUGCGCAAGGGCAAGGACGAUUUCAUCACCAAAUGGGAGGAACGGUCGACCGAUCUGAUCAAAACGUUCCUGCUAAUGUUCGGCAAAGAGCGAAUCUCAAUGUUUCUGUCCGAUUCGAAGCAACGCAUCCGGUCGGCGCUCAGCCCACCGGGCAGCCCGGGCAGUGGCAGCAAUCACAGCUUGAACGAUUGUGAGGAUGAUUUGGAAAGUCCCGAUUCGGUGCUCGAUUCGCCGCCGAGCAAACGGUCAAACGUGAUCCGCAGCCGUCACCAUCUGCUGUCGGAGGAGGACGAUGAGGAGCAGGCGCUGUACGGAUCGCGUUCGCCUGCACCGGUGCUGGAGGACGAGGAGGACGACGACGAUGAUGACGAUGACGAGGCGUACCUGGAUACACGCUCGCGGCCAACCUCCAACUACAACAUUUCUGUAAUGGCGGGCGGUGAUGGGAACGGUGCGGGUGCAACGGUGAAGAGCAGCAGUAGCGGCAGUGGCAGUCGAACCUAUGGCAAUCGUAACUACUAAUCAUCAGUGCCGGAUGGAGAGAAAAAUCGAGCGAGAGGGAGAGAGAGAGAGAGUCAGUCCACUUAGGAAAUGUGAAGGGAACAUAGUACCGUCAGCUACUCUCAAGCGUACUACGCGAAUGUCCCCGAGAAAUGCGUUGUUGUCGUUUGCGGUGGGCUGGCUAGCUCGCUAGGGAAUGUGAAACAAACGGAACGCUUUUGUAGAGAGAAAAAACCCUUGCCCGCCAAAUUACAUUCAGCAAUCCUUCACCCUCUUAUGUGUAGGCCGCCACCACCUGUGUACCUGUGUGUAUGUGUAUGUGUGUGUGCGGGUUGUGCACAGGCGUACAGACAGAGAAUCCCUUUUGAGUAUUAUCAUCGAGACGACAAUAUAUAAUGUGACCCCACAAACACAGACACACACACACGAUGGGACAGAAUUUUGAAUGGAAGACAGCGGAACUAAUCAUGCUGAGGACCCGUUCCGUUAGUUGAGAUUUCGGUGCAAAAAAAAAAGAGGGGGGCUACAAGAUGGUAACUGGAAUCAUUGUUUACCUAAAAACUGUAGAAGAAUCGCUAUGUAACGCAUUCUCAGGGAUCAAUUUGAUGCGCGGGGAGGAUGUCGUGGGGGAGGUUGUCGUGGUGGCUAGACUGGGCUAGAUAAAAUGCCAAGCGAGAAAGACGAAUCGAGUUACGAGCGUAAAAGGCUUACCACGUCCAAAGGGUUUAAACGCUUUGCAGCAGGAACAUUAGACGCAUGAAUAUUGCAAAUCUGCCUGCGCGAGUGCAGGAAGAAUCACACAGAGGCAUAAUCGUAACGUAAGCGUGAGUCGCCCGGGGGUUGGUUACACACACACGCACACUAAAUUAUUAAUCCAAGGUUAUAUCUAUAAUUGUAUUUAUUGUUUCUAUUGAUUUUCUUCUUUUUCCCACCCUACUCCCCUACCUUCUAAUGCGAUCGAAAAAUCAGGCGAAAGCGGGAAGAAAAAGACGUUAGGAAAACGAAAACACGCAAAACGGUUACUAAGUGGGAGAGUGUGUAAUAUAAGGAUGGCGUCGGGAUAUCUGAAACAAUUGUCCGUUUUGUUUUGCCUGGCUUGUGGUGUACCGACGAGACUAUGCGACUAAAUCGUGUAAAGGUUAGUAGUAAUAGUACUAUUGGAACCGUGUGUGUGUGUGUGUGUGAAAAAAAGGUUUGUUAUUACUACUUAGAUAAUAGAAGCAAGAGGGUCUUGAGAUAGAGAGGGCGCGAUAAUGGCGGAAAAUUAAUACAACCUUCACUGUUGCGCAAAAGCUUUUCACACCGAAGCUUUAUUGUUGGAAAAACUAUUUUUUCUCUUCUUUUCCUUACUGUUGAGUUUAAUCAUACUGUUACUGUAGAUGUGUUUUAGUUUGCACACUGAGAAAAUGUGAUAUCUUUGAGUGCGUGCAUAAGCAAUGAUGAUUCUCUGUAGCCCGUUUCGGUUCGGCUUUUCCAUAUUAACAAUAUAGAUAAAUUUUUAAUUGGUCACCCGGUGUUUGUAAAAUCGAAUUAAAUUGCAUGAGCGGGCGAAGUUUUAGCGUUAAUGCUGUCUCUUUUUCACUAUUGUGUUAGCUUGCAGCUGGAGGUUAAUUAUUUACACGUUGCAACCUGAUGUUGUCUGCAGUAUUCUGUGCCAGGUUUUAGAUUCAUUUGCUUGAACGUGGAAGUAAAUCCCCCCCUUUUUUAUUUAUUGCCUGCUGUAACUACAAAUUCUUCAUCCGUUCUAAGCUUCUUGCGUGUGUGUCUCUGCCUACCGUGCUAUGGGGAUGCUAAACCCCCAUUGCACCCAUGGAAAUUAACGGACUAGCGUUGCGAACGUGAUACUACCGGGAUGGCAAUCGAAAGUUAACCUAUUUGUUUUGUUGUUGCUUUUGGAUAAAGUAAAACGGGUGUGCGCACACGGUGGUGUGUGUUGCAUGACGACGAUAAACUCCAAUUAUUGUUGGUUAAUCUUUAAACUGCUGCGCUCGUAGCUAUAGUGCAGAACGGAAAUUAACUAGGCGAGUGGCGGUAAAUUGAUACCGGGCGCAACCGGAAGACUUGACUGAAACGAUAAACAUUCAUUUUGAACUUAAAGAAAUGAAAGGCAAACUUUGCAACGAUUAAGCGACAACACAAACAAGCAAGCAAGCUAAACGCAAACCAACUUCUUACAACUCUCACACCCCGUGUCGACACGGAUUCCAACACAACAGCAACAAACCACCACCGUUAGUAUGUUUGGUGUAGUGCAUUUUUGCUGCAAGCUCUAAAGAUUUACAACAAACCAGAUAAUGGGAAUUGUGCGUAGUGUGUAGCUGAAGAAGAA